AUGCUAGAACACCCUUCGUUUGCUGUCAAGGCGACUGAAGGCGUCCGGCGCAGCCCGGGCGCGGAGGAGGCAGCGGACCCCUCGCUAGGCGCCGCGCCCGCCGCGCGGCGGGUCCGGCCCCCCCGCUCCUCCCGCCCGCCUGCGGGGCGCCUCGCCACCGGCUCCAACGCCGCAACGGGCGCCGAGAGACUCAGUUGCUGGGUUGCUAAGCGACGCCGGUCGCGAGCGCGCCGUGACCUCUACGUUGGCGGCAGAAGGCACGCGAUUGGAGGAAGGGCCCAGGUGGGCGGUGCCAACCGCGGCAGCCGGCGUGGGGCGUCCGCUGCCGCCACUCGGGGUCUCCCCGGGGCAAACCCGUGUGGAAGGCGUCUAACGCCAUCUCUCCGUCAGCGGUUUGCCUUCGGACCGGGCGGGGGGCAGGGCGCAGGGGGGUCCCCGUCUUGUCCGCUCUUCACUGACCCGUUUGCCCACGAACGAACCCCGUUGCAGUACGUUCCGGUCAAGGGCGACCACGUAAUAGGAAUAGUGACGGCCAAAGCGGGAGACGUGUUCAAGCUGGACGUCGGUGGGAGCGAGCAGGCCUCUCUGUCCUACUUGGCCUUUGAAGGCGCCACGAAGAGGAACAGGCCAAACGUGCAGGUGGGGGAUCUUAUUUAUGGUCAAUUCCUUGUAGCAAAUAAAGACAUGGAACCAGAGAUGGUCUGUAUAGACAGCAGUGGAAGAUCAAGUGGAAUGGGAAUAAUUGGACAAGAUGGCUUCCUCUUUAAAGUUUCCUUAGGUCUAAUAAGAAAACUCUUGGCUCCCAAAUGUGAAAUAAUUCAGGAGUUGUCACAAUUGUACCCGUUUGAGCUGGUGCUGGGAAUGAAUGGAAGAAUAUGGGUAAAAGCAAAAACAGUUCAACAGACUUUAAUUAUAGUAAAUAUUUUGGAAGCUUGUGAGUAUAUGACUGCAGAGCAGAGAAAACAAGCGCUUGCCAAAUUGUCAGGGAAUUGAUAAGAGAAAACCUUGAGGAUUUGUUUGAGAUGACUGUAGGGUGUUUUGGUUAUUUUUGUAUUCAGAUUUAUAUUAAAAGCCAUUUUUUAAACAAA